GGCGGAGGGAUUAAGGCGCGUCAGUCGGCGCUCGGCGACUGGAGGUGCUUCGCGCUUUGCGCCGCGCUCCAUACCGCCGGAGCGUGGCUCGGGGCGUGGCGGUUACGUAAACACGCGUGGCAUAAAGCAUCUGCAGGCGGCGCGGAGCCGCGCCACUGUCCGUCCCAGAACGACCCCAUGUCGGCCCGCGCCGCCACCUGAGUUUAUGAAGAUAGCUGUACGGUCGCCGCCGCGCCGUCGCCGUCGCUGCCACCAUAGCCGAAUAUCGUGCUUAUAGCAUCAAGCGAGGAGAUGCAGGCGCACACGGCGCUGAUGGCGCUUGCAGCGCUGGGCGCGCUAGCGACGGCGGCGGCGGAGCGCGGCAGCGGGAUCAAGGUCGGCGGCGGAGCUCCCGGCGCCGGCGGCCGCGACGGUGCGCGUGGCGGCGGUGUCCGCAUCGGCGGUGACGGGCUGCGAAGACCGCGCACCUCCCCCGCACCGCCACCACCCCGCGCACCCUCGGUCAUCACCGCCGCUCUCGUGGUACCUCAUAAAGCAUUCGGCACGCGAGACUACAUUAAGGCUGAGAAGGCGGCUUUGCAGAAAUUGCCACGCAAACUUAAACUCUUCUCUCAAGUGCGCCUGAACAAUACGCUCUCGACCCAGGGUUUAACACCGAGUCCUAUGUCUAUCUUGGACUCAUUGUGUAAAGAAUUUCUGGCAGUCAACGUGUCUGCUAUACUUUAUCUUAUGAAUCAUGAACAAUACGGGCGCUCUACUGCCUCCGCACAGUAUUUUCUACAACUUGCCGGAUAUCUCGGCAUACCGGUUAUCGCGUGGAACGCAGAUAACAGUGGUUUAGAGAAGCGGGCGUCGCACGCGUCGCUGCGGCUUCAGCUGGCUCCGUCCAUAGAGCACCAGACGGCCGCCAUGCUGUCCAUCCUGGAGCGGUACAAGUGGCACCAGUUUAGUGUCGUCACGUCCGCCAUAGCCGGCCAUGAUGAUUUUAUUCAGGCGGUCCGGGAACGGGUUACGGCUCUGCAGGAUCGUUUCAAAUUCACGAUACUAAAUGCGGUGGUGGUGAAACGGCCAUCUGAUCUGAGCGAGCUUGUGACGAGCGAGGCGCGCGUGAUGUUGCUGUACGCGACGCGAGAGGAGGCCGCCGAGAUCCUGUCGGCGGCGGGGGAUCUGCACCUCACUGGAGAGAACUUUGUGUGGAUAGUGACGCAGAGUGUGCUGGGUUCCAUGCAGCAGCUCAAUAAAUUCCCUGUCGGCAUGCUUGGUGUACACUUCGAUACUUCAAGUACGUCUUUGCUAGCUGAGAUAGCCACCGCUGUGAAAGUGUUCGCUUAUGGAGUAGAGUCGUACAUAUCGGAUCCGGAGAACAUCAGACAUCCCCUGGGAACUCGUCUGUCGUGUAGUGGAGCUUCUGCAAGCGAGGCGCGAUGGUCUACUGGGGAGAGGUUUUACCGCCAUCUGAGGAAUGUGAGCGUGGACGGGGAAGCUGGAAGGCCAAACAUUGAGUUCACCCCCGAUGGGGAGUUGCGAGCGGCAGAACUCAAGAUUAUGAACCUAAGGCCUGCGAUUGGAGAACAGUUGGUAUGGGAGGAAAUUGGAUCUUGGAAUUCAUAUCCCAAAGAGCGUCUAGUGAUCAAAGACAUAGUAUGGCCGGGUGGCUUACACACGCCCCCCCAAGGGGUUCCCGAGAAGUUUCACAUGCGUAUCACGUUCCUAGAGGAAUCACCUUACAUCAACCUGGCGCCGCCGGAUCCUGUGAGCGGGCGGUGCUCGCUAGACAGAGGUGUCAUAUGCCGCGUGGCACCAGAAGUAGAUGUUUUAGGAUUGGAAGCGGGGACCGCUCACGGUAACAGCUCACUGUAUCAGUGCUGCAGUGGUUUCUGUAUAGACUUGCUGCAGCAGCUGGCGGAACAGCUAGGUUUCACGUACGAACUAGUGCGAGUCGAAGAUGGUCGUUGGGGGACUUUGCAUAACGGCAAAUGGAAUGGUCUCAUCGCGGAUUUGGUGAACAAGAAAACUGAUAUGGUUUUGACAUCGUUGAUCAUAAAUUCUGAUCGAGAAGCCGUGGUCGACUUCAGUGUACCAUUCAUGGAGACAGGAAUUGCCAUCGUCGUAGCAAAACGGACAGGGAUUAUAUCCCCAACAGCCUUUCUAGAACCGUUUGAUACAGCAUCUUGGAUGCUGGUGGGCGCUGUUGCGAUACAAGCCGCAACCUUCUCCAUAUUCUUCUUCGAAUGGUUGUCUCCAAGUGGCUUUGAUUGUUCAACAGGUCAUAAUUCAAAGCGUGUUCCGCAAAAUCGCUUUUCGCUUUGUCGGACCUAUUGGAUUGUGUGGGCUGUUCUAUUUCAGGCAUCUGUUCAUGUGGACUCGCCUCGAGGUUUCACCGCUCGUUUUAUGACGAACAUGUGGGCUAUGUUUGCCGUGGUAUUUUUGGCUAUAUACACUGCUAACUUAGCCGCGUUCAUGAUAACUCGGGAAGAAUUCCACGAGCUGAGCGGGUUGAACGAUCCUAGGAUAGCGAUGCCACAGUCGCAGCGACCUGGCCUAAAGUUUGGAACGGUGCCGUGGUCGCAUACUGAUGCAACUCUUGCAAAGUAUUUCAAAAAUGCUCAAGCCUACAGGGCUCAAUACAACCGUAGUACGAUAAAUUUGGGCGUGGCAAGCGUCCUGACAGGAGAGCUGGAUGCAUUUAUUUAUGACGGAACCGUGUUAGAUUAUUUAGUAUCCCAAGACGAAGACUGUCGCCUUGUGACGGUUGGUUCAUGGUACGGCAUGUCCGGAUAUGGCCUAGCAUUUACUCGAAACUCCAAAUAUUUAAGUAUGUUCAACAAAAGAUUACUCGAUUUACGAUCCAAUGGAGACCUGGAAAGACUACGUAGAUAUUGGAUGACGGGCACGUGUAAGCCCAACAAGCAAGAGCACAAGUCAUCAGACCCGUUGGCUCUGGAGCAGUUUCUGUCAGCAUUCCUGCUGUUGAUGGCGGGUAUUCUUCUGGCAGCGCUGUUGUUACUGCUGGAGCAUGUGUACUUUAAAUACAUGCGGUCUCACCUCGCGGCGUCUAGCGCAGGAAAUUGUUGCGCGCUCGUCUCCUUGUCUAUGGGACAAUCUUUAUCGUUCCACGGGGCUGUGGUGGAAGCUGCGGCGCGCGGGUUCGGGUCUGGGAGCCGAGGCCACUGCCGUUCUGCUGCCUGUGCUGCACAGGUAUGGCGAGCGCGGCACGAGCGCGACGCCGCAAUGGCGCGCGCACGGCAGCUCGCAGCGGCGCUGGCCGCGCACGGGCUGCAGCCGCCGCCGCGUCGGCUGGCGUCGGCGGCGGCGCUGCUGGCCGGCGGGGACGGGCCCGACCGCUCGCACGACGCCACGCGCCCCCGCACGCUGCAUGCGCCCGCCGAUCUUCUGCCCGAUCUUGAUCGACCGCUAUCGUGUGGCGAUCUGCGCUCUAGAGAGCGGACACGAGUGGAAAUGGAAACAGUGCUGUGAGGCGUAUAUUGCGCCACCCUAUUUCAAUUCCUGAAGGCUGUUCUUACACCAAGUUAUACAAGACGAAGUUAGUUAUACCUAAUGUUAAACUACGGACAGAUAAAAAAAGCGUUGUAAUUAUUAAAUAAAUUAUUCCAAUUAUUAAAACCGAGAGCUGGACGUAGAUAGCGAAGCGUUGUUGUGGGGCUCGCGCGCAGUGCAGGCUGGGCACCGGGCGCGCGCCUCGUGUUGUCUACUACAAUAAAAUAUAUUUUUUGGACAAUA